UUUAGGACACGGCUGCGAGAGGCGUGGGAGGCCGGGAAGCAGCUCGCGUGCGGCGCAGGGCGGGAGGCAGCGGCACCGGACGCUAUUUCUGGUGCUCGUUCCCGGGAGGGGACGCGAGGAAAGUCACCGUGUGUCCCCUCCCCACCUCGGGGGGCUCUACCUCGCGGUGCUCUCUGCUCCCACCCCCGUCCUGGUGGAGGCUGAGGGGGUGACGGGGUUUCUGUCCCCCCCAUUUCCGCGGUGGGGACGGAGGUGAGAGCAUGGCCAGCGUCGCUUUGUCACCCCAGGGGACAGCGUGGGGUUGGGUGGCGGCCCCCGGGACUGUCACUGCUGCCACCGGGACAGGCUGAGCUCCUGCUGUGACCCCGCCUGGGCUCCCCCUGUCCCACCUCAGUGUGGCCACAUCUCGGUGUCACCGGUGUCACCGGUGUGCCCCGGUCCCCCAGGCAGGACAUGGACUCCAUGUUCGAGGACGACAUCAGCAUCCUGACGCAGGAGGCGCUGGGGCCGGACGAGGACUGGCUGGACAGCCCCAACACCGACCUGUCGGGGGAGAUGUGCUCGGCCUCGCACUUCGCCCUCAUCACCGCCUACGACGACAUCAAGAACCGGCUGACGGCGCUCGAGAGGGAGAACUCCACCCUCAAGCGCCGCCUCAAGAUGUACGAGGUCAAGGUGAGGGGGUCAGGGGGAGCCCCGGGGGGGGAGCUCUGGGGGGUCCCCGAGCCACGCACCCACCCCCAAAUCCCCUCUGCUUCAUCCCCCCGGCAGCUGCAGAAGAGCAAAGAGCGGGAGGAGCAGCUGGAGGAGAUGAUCCAGGCGUACGAGAAGCUGUGCGUGGAGAAGGCGGACCUGGAGACCGAGCUGGGGGAGAUGGUGGGUGACAGCCACCAGCGGGGGUCCCCUCCCUUCUCCACGACAGCCCGUGGUGUCCCCAUCCUCGGGGGUGCAGGGUCGCGGCGUUUUGGGGGUUUUAGGGAUGCUCGGGUUUAUCCAUAUGCUCAGAUUGAUCCAGAGCAGUCGGAGCGGGACAUGGCCUGGGUGAAGAAGGUGGGCGACGACCAGGUGAACCUGGCGCUGGCUUACACGGAGCUGACGGAGGAGCUGUGCCGGCUGCGGAACCUCAGCUCCCUGCAGAGCCAGAUCCUGCGGGCG